AUGCCCCAACCAUCCCCCACCCCAGACGACCCCUCCGACCUCGCCACGAACCCAAACUUCGACCUCACCAACCCCCUCACAUCCCACUCCCUAAUCCUCAGCAUCCCAAUCAGCCAACUUUACCUCUGCGCCCUGCGAAACGACCACAACGAAGGCGACGAGGCCGGCGAGCCGCCAACCAACCACUGGACGCUCUGCCUCGAGACCGCGCCCACAUCAUGCGUCAUGCUCGACAUGGUCCCCGGCGACGGCAGCGACGGCCGGCGCGGCAAGAUCGAGGUCUCGGCCCUGAACCAGGAAUACGACGGUGAGGACUCCAGACCGUACUCAGACGAGACGCUGCGCGCGUUCUCUUUCCCCGUCCUCCGGAACACGACCGCCCGCGAAAUCAUGGAGUUCAUCGUUGCAAAGGGCCGGGACGCAUUCACGUUCUCGCCCGAGUGGGAGGGCUGCCGGUUCUGGCUUUCGGUGGUGAUGGCGGACUUGGAGGCCGAGGGGCUGGUCGAGAAGGGGGCGGGAGACGAGGCGAAGCGGGUGUUGAUGCUGUACUGGCGGAAUCCCGAGGGGUCUGAGCCCCGGGUUAUGCGGGAGGGAACAUUCAGGGGCGCGGAAGGGGAUAGCGGGGAACAUUCAGAGGGGUGGGAGACGAUUGAUGACACUGAGUUGUGA